AUGAGGACGGGUUUUCCGAAAACCUGCGAAAACUUUGACUGCGCACAAGAUCUGCGCAAAACAUACAAUAUUGACGCGGAACUCAACAGGUUAAACGUAGAUAUUGCAGCUUUACAGGAGACCAGAAUUGAGGAUGAAGGCUCUUUGCGAGAAACUAACUACACUUUUUACUGGAAGGGCAAGAGUUCUACGGAAACACGGGAGCAUGGGGUAGGUUUUGCGGUCCGUAAUCAUAUUAUUGAUGCAAUGGAGACGCCUGUAGGUGUAUCUGAGCGCAUCAUGGUCUUGCGUCUUAAUACGAAAAGUGGCUAUGUGACUUUGAUCUCCGCUUACGCACCGACGCUAAACUCCAAACCCGAGGCCAAAGACCAAUUUUAUGACCAGCUCGAUGAAGUAGUUCGCGGGGUGCGUACAACCGAUAGGCUUCAUAUUAUGGGCGACUUUAACGCUAGGGUCGGCCAGGAUAAUACUGACUGGCCCGAUUGCCUAGGUGUGCAUGGUAUCGACACCGCAGGAAAAGUUUUUGGAUACCAGAAGGCAAAGUCUCACGACUGGUUAAUUGAAAACGAGGAGCACUUACUGCCCCUUAUCGACUUGAAGCGGCAGGCUUUUCUAAGCUUCCGCCUUAAUCCCUGCGAUGCUACACGGGAAGAGCUCAGCAAGGCAAAAGCCUCACUCCAGUGUAGCUCUCGCUUCUAUGCAAACGCAUACUGGACAGAACUCUGUCAAGGGAUCCAAGCAUGCGCAGACGCAGGAAACAUAGGCGGUGUUUACGAAGGCAUUAAGCGAGCUCUUGGACCUAUACAAAAAAAGACGGCCCCUCUAAAGGAAGCUGACGGCUCUGUUAUAACAAACAGCAGUCGUCAAAUGGCCAGAUGGGUGGAACACUACACCGGGCUCUAUUCGUGUCCAGUCGACAUUCAGCCAGAAACUAUGGGACUACUCCCGAACCUGGAUACUUGGCACGAAUUGGACUCUUCACCUACCGUAGAGGAACUCUACCUGGCCAUCAAGCAGCUUAAAAACGAGGGUUGCGUGCCUCAAGAUAUGCGCGAUGCUAAUAUCGUCACUCUUUACAAAGGCAAAGGCGACCGCGGUGAUUGCAAUAAUUACCGUGGAAUAUCCCUCCUUAGCAUCGUCGGCAAAGCUUUUGCUAGGGCCACCUUGGCAAAACUACAAAAGCUGGCUGACCGCGUAUAUCCAGAGGCGCAAUGCGGCUUUCGGUCUCAACGGUCAACUGUCGAUAUGAUAUUUUCACUAAGACAGUUACAGGAAAAGUGUAGGGAGCAAAACAGUCCUCUCGUCGUAGCUUUUGUCGACUUAAACAAGGCUUUUGACACUGUGAGCAGAGCGGGGCUAUACUCGGUUCUUGUCAGUAUUGGUUGUCCUCCUAAGCUCCUGAAGAUAGUACGAUCAUUCCACGAGGGUAUGGAAGCCACAAUCCUCCACAACGGAGAAACAUCUGCCCCCUUUGACGUACGCCGAGGCGUUCGACAAGGUUGUGUAUUGGCACCUACUCUCUUUGGAAUUUUCUUUUCUGUACUCUUGAAGGUUGCUUUUGGAGACGAUCUACAGGGCGUUCACCUGUACACAAGAUCCGAUGGUCAGAUGUAUAAUCUUACGAGACUCAAGUCCAAACGUCAUAGGGAGGACUUAUUUGUAGACAGCCUUCUCUUUGCUGACGACGCUGCUCUCGUCGCUCACAGUCAGACUCAGCUGCAGACCAUCUUGGACAAAUUUGCAACAGCAUGUGACCUCUUUUCCAUGUCCAUUAACGCCAGAAAAACCGUGAUACUAGCGCAAGGAUGUUCAGAACAGCCAACGAUUAUACUUAACGGCGCACCUCUCGAGGUGGUCAGCAAGUUUUGCUACCUUGGUUCGCUUGUGUCGAGCAAUCUCUCGCUCGACGUGGAGAUCGACUCCCGCAUCGGCAAAGCGGCCACUACGUUCGGAAGACUCCGUGCAAGGGCUUGGGACAACAAACAUCUUACGCACUCUUCUGUAUGGAGCGGAAUCCUGGACAACUUACACAAAACAAGAACGCCGGCUGAACUCCUUUCAUAUGCGCUGUCUGCGGAGCAUACUUGGCUUCACAUGGAAGGAUCGCGUGACAAAUGA